CCACCGCCCCCGUCCCUCCCUCCUCGGCUGGCGCCGCCCCGUCGCUCCCCGGCGGCGGGCACGGCAGGGCCGGGCCGUGCUUCUUCCUCCUCCUCCUCCUCCUCGUCGGCCGAGCUCCGGCCGCGGCCCAGCACGCCGAUCAGCCACGAUGCUUCAGCCCGCCUGCCCGGAGGAAGACUCUGCCACCGAAGUCCUCGCUUCCAGCUAGACAGGCCUGAGCCCGGCAGCCGCCAUGGAAGCGGCCUGCGCAGAGGAGUCUGCCCAGAGCCGGUCGCAGUCCGCCGCGUGCCGGCAGCGCAAGGGCAGUGACCAGCAGCCCGAGGAGAACGGCGAGCGGCUGUCCCAGCAAAGCGAUGCCUCGGUCGCGGCCGUGGAGCAGCAGCAGCAGCCCCAGGCCCCCCCCGGCAAGCUGAAGAAAACCGCUUUCAAGCUGUUUGGAGGGAAGAGGAGUAUAUGCACGCUGCCCAGUUUCUUUGGCGGCAGAAACAAAGGCCAGGGGAAAGGAGCCUCGAAAAAGGGGCUCAGUAAAAGUAAGACCCACGAUGGGAUCAGCGGUGCUGGCUACGAUGAGGGCGGCAGGGUGCAGCUGGAAAGCCCUUCGGAUGGAAGCAAGGAUUCGCAUCCCUGCCCGCUGCCGAGCUCCCAGAGCGUUCACGUGGCCAUAGACAGCAGCGUCAAGUUUGAUUUUGGCAGGCAGGACGGCUCUCCGCCAGGGAGCAUUGAGGGCUGUGAGAAGAAGCCCAAUGGAGACAAGUCGUCCUUCCCCAGGCCAAAAAAAGGCCUGAAGGGGCUGUUGAACAGCAUCCGGCGUCACCGCAAGAGCAAGGUGGCUGAGUGCGAGAAAGCAGAGCUCCCCGAGUGGACUGGGGACUCAGAGGAGGCCGACAAAGCUCGAGGCACGGGAACAGAAACCCACGGAGCCACGGAGGAAAGGGGGCCUGGCUCUGUCCCCCUCGCUGCAGCCUGCCCGGGGAACUCGGAGGAUAACUGCUCGGUAGGCACAACCACCAACUCCGGGGAGGCUGCUGAGCCAGACUGGCUCAGGGCUGACCAGGGCAGCCCCGAGGGCGAUGGGGUGGCGAUGCCUGGGGACCGGGAUGCUCUGGAUGCAAAAUCAGAGGUGGACGCCGCCGUCUGCGCAGAGUCUGACUACAGCCACCUCCCCGGGGCCCUGCAUCCCGACUUGGCAGACAACGACCCUCCCUCGCUGCACUCUGGGGACCAGCUGAGCCUCAUCUUCGGAGACGUCACGUCCCUGAAGAGCUUCGAUUCCCUCACGGGGUGCGGAGACAUCAUCGCUGAGCCCGACAUCCUCAGCAUUGCCGAGAGCACGAUCUCGGUGGAGCGCAGCAGAGACGCUGCGAAACGGAGCUCCUGCCUCGUCACCUACCAGGGCGGCGGGGAGGAGAUGGCCAUGCCGGAGGAGGCAGAGGAGUACCUCCAGCAGAUGUGGGACAGCACCGCUGAAGGGGACAGGAGCUACGAAGCCCAGCUGCCGCCCGCCGUGAGCAGUCACGACCCGCAGGCGGCGAGCAGCAAGCUAGAGACGCGCGGUUUGCACGAGGCAGAAGCCCACCCCUACGCCGCGGGGGCGAUGGACGGCGUCGAGCUCCUGACGCCGCAGAGUGACCAGCAGGAGUCCGCACCUAACAGCGACGAGGGUUACUAUGACUCCACCACCCCGGGGCCAGAGGACGAAGGCGGGGAUGGGCUUUGCGAGAUCAAGAAGGAGCGUCUUCCCAGAGACAGCUACAGCGGCGAUGCACUUUACGAGUUUUAUGAGCCAGAUGACACGCUAAUGAGCCCCUCGCACGGAGAGGAAUCCCUGUUUGAGAGCAAAGUGUCUCGCCCUGAGAUCUUCAGCUACUUCUUGGACUUCUGUCUCCCUGCUGAGAAGGGCUUGAUCCAGAUGAUGGAUCAGAAAAUGGGGGUUAUGGAAACGGAAGAAGAGCGGCUAGCUGCCAUCCAGAAGGAGCUGCUCUACUGGGAGCUGCAGAGGGAACCGGUCCUGAAACGGCUCGAUGUUCCCAGGGAAAAGCAGUACCUUGAAUGUAAAACUAGAGCGGCCAACUUGAUUGGCAAGAAUCAGAGUUGCCUUGGCAGUGAGCAGAUCGCCUCUCCAGCUCCAAAUAGGAGCGUGAGUAGCGGGGUUUCGGUGGCGAGAGGUGAAGCCCCGGAGUGGAGGGACUUUCCAGGGCCUUUGUGUCCAGAGAACUGUUACAACAGCCAAAAAGCCCAAGGAAGUUGCCUUAUUCAGCUCAUGAAGAACAACCCGGGGUUCGAUCCUGACCCAGAUCGGGCGUUGUUCGGGGGGUCCGUCCACAGCGGCGUGGCCCCAUCCAAAACGGGGCCGUUCCCCGGCUACAGGCCCCACGAGCGCGAGAGCUGCUCGCAGGGCGACCACCGCGACGGGGCCGAGGCCGCCCCCAGGGAGCCCCAGGCUGACAGCGAAUGUGAACCCGAGCAUGCCGUGAACUUCUCGCAAGCGCUGGUGGAGUUCACCAGCAGCGGGACCCUCUUUUCCAGCCUCUCGGAAAGCCUGGGCAGCUCCGACUCCGGCUCCUCCUUCACGCAGAACCUCCCCGUCCUUCCCACCAUGGUCACCUUCGACAUCGUCGACGUGGAGCAGGAAGGGGAAGGGGAGUGCGAGCAGCACCCCGAGAUGAACGCCGACGAGGACAUCGCCGCGUCCUUCGAGGCCUUCGACGACAGCUACGUGCAGAAAGAGUCGUUCGCUGAAUGUGACGAGAGAAUGUUCCCCGGGUACCCCCAGGGCUCCUUCCAGAGCUGUAACUGGGGUGUCGCCAGCCUCCCCCGCCACCUGCGCCUGCACGGGCUGAGCCCGGCCAUGCCCGCGCCCCUCUCCAUCAACAGGAGGAGCAGGUCGCUCGACACGGAGAGCCUCGAGUUCGAGCUCGCCGACCUGCAGGUGUCCAAGAACGGCCUUAAGCCUUGCCAGCUCUGGUCUAAAUGGGACAAAAAGGACUCGGACGGUGUGAGAAGGAGCAGGAGCAAAGAGGACGCCGAGCCGUCCGCUCCUGCAAGCGGGGAGGCCGACGGUGUGCUGGGCUGGCCGGGCUUGCAGCAGCUGCAGUACGACGCCGAGCUGGCUCCCGGGGGGGUGAAAGGCUGGGGCUUUGCUCCGGCUGCCGGGCUGGAGAGCGGCUGGGAGCCAUCCGAGCAGCCAGACGCCGACUCCCCCUUCUUGUCCCUUUCCCGCAGCAGUGCCAGAGAGGCUCUGGAGAGGCGGCCCCAAGAGCCGGAGGUGGACAGGCAGCUGGUCAGGCCGUCCAAUUUACCUCUGCAGGCCGACACCAGGCAGCCCCCGGAGGCGCCCGGUGCCUACAGGUACCACGGAGAAGUCGCGGCCAAAAAGCUCGCGCGCGUGUUACCGCUGGGCGAGCCGGAGCCGCCGCAGAGCUUCGGCUUCGCUCCGUCCCCGGAGAAACCAGCCAAGUGCAAACCUGUCGGCGUGGCCCAGGGGGUGCCCCAGUUUCACGACGACAGCACCGAAACCUUAAAAAGCCCCUCCUGCUUCGCGGAGCGCUUCGGGAGCGCCGGCAAAGAGCUGCUGAAAGGGAGAGCCACGCAGGGGAGCGCGCUGCCCGCCAGCUGCCCGGGCGCUGCGGUGAAUGUAACAGGAGCCAAAUAGCUCCUCCUGGGCAGCCGGGGAGGGGGGGACCGGGUUAAAAGGGUGGGCAGGGGGAGGGAGAAAGUGAACGCUAACGAGUGACUCUAACGAGCGACUUUAAUGUCCAACUGGGCCAAGAAAGAUGAACUCCUGCAGCUGCAGUAAGCACCUGGCCUGCAUGCUGCUGCCGUUGCGCGCUGCUGUGGGUACUCUGGUUUGGUGUAGAGCAACCUCCUAGAUUCAUGGAUUAACACUGAGGCACUUUUGUUUUGUUUUUCUUUCCCAGUGCGAGCCACCGCUCUCAUACAAUGCACAACGCGGCCCCAGUGCUGCUAGAAUAAAUUCUGGAAACGGCCCCUUGUCCAGCGCGGCGGGUUUGUUCUCGGCAGGUUGAGCUCAAGGGGCGCCGUCACCUCAGAGGGAAGGAUUGGAGGAUUGGACGGCUGGGAGGAGCAGGGAGCGUUGCUGCCCUGCGCCCUCGCUCCGGGCGUUGGUUGGUGGCGUGGGGUCACGUCUCCCUGGGUCUCCCUUCUUUGGGGCCAGGCUGCUUUCGGGCGCCUUCCUGAAGCCCCCCGGCUUCGGGAUGGAGCCAGGGGAGCAAAGUCUCGGGGAAGCUUUCAGAAGAAACUGUUUUUUUUUUUUUCUUCCUCUUCUCGGUGAAACGAUUUGUUUCCGACAGGCUUUUAAUGUCUUCCAUCUUGUUCGUGAUUUGGGGACCCCAGAGGAAGGAUGCGGGUUAUUUUGAGAGCAAGGAAAGGAGGCGAUGCAGCUGAAAGGGGAACGUUGCCGUAACUUGUUUUUUUUUUUCCUGCCCCAAAGGAAAGCAGGAGCUUUUGUGCGCGUGCCAAUAACGUUCUUCAGCUCUAGCUUUAAUUUGCUC